AUGUCAGAAAACGAGUACAGUGAGGAUCAAGAGAAGAUUACGUUAUCCAUAUUGGGGCAUGAAAAGUCUGCUUUCUACGAACUUCUUCAUGUCGAAAAGAAAGCCUCUGACAACGAGAUCAAAAAGGCCUAUAGGAAACUGGCUAUAAAACUCCAUCCGGACAAGAACAAACAUCCUCGUGCCAGCGAGGCUUUCAAAAGAAUAAAUAGAGCCUUUGAAGUGCUAAGCGAUGAACAGAAACGAAGGAUGUUCGAUCAACUUGGAUACGAUCCCGACGACCGGAGCGCAGCGCGCGAUCCCUUCUCUAGUGGUGCUGCAAGUAGCAGUUCCGGCUUCCGGUCGAGUGGGUUUGGUCCCCAGGGAAUGUUUUAUAGACAAGCCGCAGGAAGGCCCCCACAGGACAUUUUUGAUUUCCUAUUUAACGCUCAUGCCGCUGGCGGUGGCCAUCCAUUUAACGGUGGACCCUUUGGCGGACCCUUUGGAGGCGCUUUUGGAAGCCCUUUUGAUGGACCUUUUGGUGGUGGCGGAACAACUUUCACAUUCGGUGGCCCUAAUGGCUUCAAAGUCUACACUAAUGGUCAAGGUGCAAGAAGGCCGGCCGCAGGGGCUUCCACACAGACGGAUGAGCAGGCUGAGAAUAGAGAAAUUCACCAGAUUAUACGAAUUUUGGUGCCGCUUCUUUUCAUAUUGUUCCUUCCUAUGUUGGAGAGGUUACUUUUCGGUUCUUGA